AGACCUACAAAUAAGCCUAAACCAACAUUUCCCCGUUUUGUAUCAACUGAUCCUUACAUUUUCCAAGUAAUACAUGGAUGGUAACAAUGGAGUCCAUUGGUGAAUAUGAAUACAACAAAGCUGACCAUAUCGGACAUGGAGCGUUUGCAUUGGUUUACAAAGGACGCCAUAAAGUUAAAAAGCACCAUGAAGUUGCAAUCAAAUGUAUUGACAAGAAAAAAGUUGGGCGUGCUCAAACUGUGCUAGAUAAAGAGAUUCGAAUAUUAAAAGAGUUACAGCAUGAAAAUAUUGUCCAGCUGUAUGAAUGCAAGGAAUCAUCCAGCAGUGUGUUCUUAGUAAUGGAGUAUUGCAAUGGUGGAGACUUGGCUGAAUACCUUCAAGCCAAGGGUACACUGAGUGAGGACACAAUUCGAAUGUUUCUGCAGCAAAUUGUCUCGGCAAUGGCUGCCAUUCACUCUAAGGGAAUUCUACACCGUGAUCUGAAACCACAGAACCUUCUUUUAUCACACAAAGUGCCCAACCCACGCCCCCAGGAUAUCACACUUAAAAUAGCUGAUUUUGGGUUUGCAAGAUAUCUACAAAGCAAUGCGAUGGCAGCAACGUUAUGUGGCUCCCCUAUGUAUAUGGCGCCAGAGGUGAUCACUUCUCAACAUUAUGACGCCAAAGCAGAUUUAUGGAGCAUUGGUACCAUUGUGUACCAGUGUUUGGUGGGCAAAGCUCCUUUCCAGGCAAGCACGCCACAAGAGCUACGAAAUUUUUACGAACGAAAUCGACAAAUGAUUCCUAAAAUUCCGUCUGGUACUUCACCAGCUUUAAAAGAUUUGUUGUUAAAACUACUACAGAAACGAAUACAAGACAGAAUUGGAUUUAAAAGCUUUUUUAAUCAUCCUUUCCUAGCUAUGGGUUCAAAGCAAAAAUCAUCUGCUCCAGUUCCUGUACCAACAAGACAAACAGCUUAUGAAACCAGCCCAAUAUCCAGUAACAACUCAGAUCCAAGAAGCAUAAUACCUCUAUCACCAAGGUUCAACCAUGGUGUUUCACCCAAUGAUGAUGGAUCCAUGCUAACAAUGUCGAUAGCAAGUUCACCAGAUUCAAGCAAAGGUUCAGAAGAUUUUGUCAUGGUGUCUCAUCUAGUAUCAUCAUCUGGUAGUUAUGGUGGUGAACCAAACAACAACAACCAUUCAACAAAAGAUCGGAAAUCUUCCCGAUCAAAAUUAUCGGGAAGUCCUCGAGGAGCAAGUUCCCCUAUCCUCUCAUAUGGAAGACGAAGAUCAAUCCAAUCUCCUCCUCUGUCCAGCUCUCCAGUGAUGAGGAGAGCAAACCAGGUCCGGAGGCAAUCUGGGACCUCCAUUUCUGGGCAAACAUCCCAGUUAGAGUCAUCAAAGAGCAAACCAACCUCCAAACCAUCAGCCAUGCCCAUCCCUGUGCCAACACAGGUGGAAAACUAUGAAAAAAUAGAGCGUCGAAACUCGCAAGCGAGCAUGGAAUCUCUUACUCAUCAUGCACGUAGUGGUAGCUCUCAUUCUCUCGAGAGUUCGUCUCCUUUUCAAACGGGGAUUUCCCCCUCUAGCAUAUCCCCCAAACUCGACCCCUCACCCACGCAGGGUCGUCACAUACGAAGGUUGUCGGGGGUCAGUCGAGCUGUUGAGUUCUCCACCAUCAUGGAAAACCCAACUGAUGAAAGCUGUAACUCAUCCAUUCCAAGCAACCAGAAGUCUGUCAUAUCAAACAGCAGUCCCAACUCUUCUUUAAGUAAAGCACAAACUGUUCCUGAUCUAGUGAGAUAUGGGAAACUUCAUCGAGAAAAUUCACUUCUCAGAUGUCAAAGUUCAGGAAAACUGUCAGAGCAAGUAAUGAGAAUGUUGUUCAACAGCAAACAAAAUGCUUUCUUUGGUUAUACCCCUGCUAACAGACUUGCAGUUUGUAGAUUAAGCAUGGACAAGCUCUCAAUACAAGCAGACACAAGUUCCAGCAUAACGCCUCCCAACUCACCUACUGACCAAACAGAGCUACGCAAAUACAACAACAACAAGAACUUGCUUUCCCAUGCAAGUAAACCAACCCUUACACAACAAGCCAAACAAUUUUUACCUUCAUCCCCAACUGAUGGUGCUAUAUUUUCAGUGGGCACUCCACCUAGAUUGUCGUCUAAUGUUGAUGGUGAUGAUAAUAAGUGGGUAGCUCAAUCUACACAACCUACAUCUAACUCUCAAGAGAAUAAGAAUUCACCAACUCGUGAAGAAAAGUCAAUUGCCACCUGCGGCUCUUCUUCGGAAAUAAACGAAGCUUUGUUGCAUUUCUAUUGCAAGUUAUCCGAUGCAAUAGAUGAUGUAGCAAGUGAACAUGCCCUACCACUCAACACACAACUAAUAGCUGGUGGCUUCCUAAGCAGAUCAACGGUGCAACGUCAGCAUGAAACCUUCUCAACUGAUCCACUGCAUAAUGUUACCAGUGAACAAAGACAAGUUGAGCAAGUUCUUCUGUACAUUAGAUCUCUCCAAAUACUUGCCACAGCAUUACAUACGGUUCGUAACAAAGUAAAAGCUGGUGAACUUCAACUUAAUGAAGAGAUGAGACAAUUAAUUGGUGAUUUGAACAAGAGAUACAAAGUUUCAUGCAAGAGAUGUCAAGAUGCAAAGUCUAAAUGUGACAUGACUUCCUUGACACAAAAAAGUUACAAGUCUGCUGAUAGGUUACUCUACUAUUAUGCAGUGCAUGACUGCCGAACAUCAGCAUUAGAUGAAAUGUUUGAGGGGAGCGUGGAGCGUUGCAUGAAGAGAUACAGACGAGCUCUUGUUUUGCUUGAAGGAAUCUCCCUGUCUGCUUCUGAUGCUCUUGAUAAACAACGUCUUGCCAAGUACAAAGCAAGUAUAGACCAUCGAUUACAGCAUUUAGAGAAACUGUGGUCGACCAAAGUAAACUCAUAACAACCCAACGUACCACUUGUAAAAAGUGAUUCUACCUUGGUCCCAUUUACCUCCUCUGCACUACAGAGUAGUCCGUAUUUGUUUAUAAUUAUUAUGUGACUUGUUUUGUAAAGGUGUUCACGUUCUUUUGCUAUUUGACUGUGCUCUGUCUGCUCAAGUGUUACUGCCUUUUCAGCCACGCAUAUGUGUUCCCUGGCUUUCUACUUCUGACAUACGUUUUUCACUUCAUAUGUUAAUUCCUCUUGGUGAUGGCACAUACUUGCCACUCUUACCAUGUAUAAACUGUGCAAUAGUGUAUGCGGGCUUUCCAGAACGUGUCAUGCUUACCAGUUAGACACAUGCUUAGUGGUUAAGACGAUGUACUAUUGCUUUUUUGUAGUUCACAUUGUACAAUUUUAGUUUGUAUGUCUUCACAAUGUAAUAAAUGGGCAUUAAAAAUAA